AUGUCAUGCUCAAUUUCUUCAGGUAUUUACGUCGGCGGAAGCAAGGUGGUGCAUUUCACAACGAAGAAAGAAGCGGGAACGGCGGGCCUUGACUCCGCCGUGGCUAUCUCGAGCCUCAUUUCCGCCGGCUCACCCGAGUGCCCGACCUUCCCGGACUGCGGCUUCCAGCUCCCCGACAGCGGUGUCAUCCUCACCUGCCUCGACUGCUUCCUCCGCGACGGCGCCCUCCACGGCUUCGAGUACGGCGUCCCUCCCGCCGUGUUCCUCGCCAAGCUCCGCGGCGGGACCUGCACCACCGCCGCGUCCGACCCGGCGGAUGCCGUGGUGCACCGGGCGAUGUACCUGCUCCAGAACGGGUUUGGCAGCUACGACGUGUUCGAGAACAACUGCGAGGACUUCGCGCUAUACUGCAAGACCGGGCUCCUGCUGCCGCCGGAGAAGGGCAUCGGGAGGAGCGGCCAGGCGGCCUCCGCCGUCGGCGUGCCGCUGGCGGCGCUCUUCUCGACUCCGUUCAGGCUCAUGUCGGCCGGCCCGCUGGGCAUGGCCGCCGUCACGGCGGGGAUGUACUGCGCCGGCAGGUACAUCACCGACAUUGGGGUGAGGAAGGACGUGGUGAAGGUGGAGGUGGAGAACCUGUCGGCGCAUCUGGGCUUGCGCCGGGCCAAAGCCGAAGAAGAAUGGGUGAAGAAGAAACAGCAGCCCGCUAAGGUGACGACGAGGUUGCUGCCGCUGAAGAGGAAACGUGACAGUGAUUUGCAUUUGCAAUCCGUGAAGUGA